AUGGCGAUGGAGACCUCAACACAGGAAUCGCCGAUCAAUCCCAACAUCUUCACGUUUGACCCCCACCUAUCUACGUUCGAAGACAUGGCGAGGAUGAUCACGUUGAGGAGCUCAGACUGUGAGGUGUUCGAGGUGGAGGAGAUAGUGAUAAUGGAGAUCCUCGCCAAGGUGGUUGAGUACUACAAGAAGCACAUUGAUGUUGCCGUCUCCAAGUCCUUGUUCGACGACACCGCUAGAUCUGGGAUCUCUAAUGAGGACCUCAAGUCUUGGGAUGCCAAGUUCGUCAAAGUUGACUAG